AUGAGGAAUAUCAAAGAAGCACGAUUCCUAAAGACAAUCAGAUCCGAUCCCAGCCAGAUGGAUCCUAACUUAUGGUGCAAAUAUCAUGAGACUCACGGCCACCGAACUAGGGAUUGCCGGCAUCUACGCAAGGAGGUAGCAACGUUGUUGAAAAAAGUUCAUCUCAGGGAGUUCAUGAGCGACCGAACCAAGAAUAAUUAUGGCCACAACCGGGGCAACUCUGAACCCUCGAAGAUAGGAGAAGACCCUCCUCGGUUGACUAUCAACAUGAUUUUUAGAGGAAAUGAAAUCAAUGGUGUAACCUUCUCAGCGGCCAAGAAAACAAAGGUAUCAUUUACCCACAACAAGAGAAUCCGGGAAGUCGCCGAAGACGACAUCACUUUCACGAUAGAAGACGCUGACAGACUUCUUCUGCAGCAUAACGACGCCCUAGUAAUCUCUCUUAAUAUCCUAGAUUUCAAGAUUAAGCGUGUUUUGAUGGACCUAGGAAGCUCAACCAACAUCAUUCAAUGGAGAGUGCUGGAACAAGCAAAAUUAACCGGAAGUAUCAUUCCGGCAGCAAAGCUCCUCGCCUGGUUCAACUUGGCAAGUGUGACGACCCGAGGAGAGAUUCUGCUGCCCACGAACACUGAAGGGGUAACAAAGACCACCUUAUUUGAAGUGGUGGACGACGACAUGGGCUAUAACAUAAUCCUCGGAAGGCCAUGGUUACAUGAGAUUAAGGACUUACCAUCAACAUAUCACCAACUAUUGAAAUUACCAACCAUAGAGGGAAUCAAGCAGAUAACAAGAAAUCAUACCCAAGCCCGUUGGCCCGAUGUUUAG